GAAAAUGAAGAGGAGAUCUGACCCCGAGCAGCAGCCCAGCAGCGUCCAGAGCCGCAAGAAGAAGCGAAUUGAAGAGUUAGGGCUCAACCUGAGCUCCACCUCUGAUGAUGAUACACAGUACAGCAACCAUGGGACUCAGGAGUCUUCCACGAGCAGCACAAGCUCUGACAGUGACAGUGAAGAGAAGAGGCCUGUGUUUGGCUCUGCCAGUAUUGACGCCAUGUCUGAUCCUCUCGCUGAAGGCACUUCCUCCCGUUACUCCAUGUACAACAGCGUCUCCCAGAAACUCAUGGCCAAGAUGGGCUUCCGCGAGGGCGAAGGGCUGGGGAAAUUCGGCCAAGGCAGAAAAGAAAUUGUUGAAACUUCCAAGCAGAAAGGCCGAAGGGGUCUGGGUAUGGUCCUGAAAGGGUUCGAGAAAGAGCUGAAUAUAAACUGGCGGACGGAACCAGAGGCUACCGCUUAUGAAGAAGUGGACUGGUUCCCAGAAUGCACCACUGAGAUCCCAGAUGCUGACGAGUUGUCCGAUUGGAUGACCGUGGAGAAGCGAAAGCUGAUCAUAGACGACGAGACUGAGUUCUGCCGGGACAGUCUCCUGACCAACCUGCUUGAGUGCAAGAGUGCCUUCGAUGAGCUGGAAGGGGAGGAGAUGAGACGUGCCAGGACCCGGUCCAACCCGUACGAGAUGAUCCGAGGAGCCUUUUUCCUUAAUCGAGCAGCGAUGAAAAUGGCCAACGUCGACCAUGUGUUUGACUACAUGUUUACCAACCCUAAAGACUCUCAUGGGAGGCCGAAGCUGAAGGAUAAGGAGUCGGAGCUGCUGUAUUUUGCUGACGUCUGCGCCGGCCCCGGGGGCUUCUCGGAGUACGUGCUAUGGAGGAAGAAGUGGCACACUAAGGGCUUCGGCAUGACCCUAAAGGGACCCAAUGACUUCAAGCUGGAGGAUUUUUACGCUGCUCCUAGUGAGCUCUUUGAGCCUUAUUAUGGGGAAGGGGGAGUGGAUGGUGACGGAGAUGUUACCCGCCCUGAGAACAUCACAGCCUUCCGAAACUUCAUCCUCGACAACACAGAGCACAAGGGGGUCCACUUUAUGAUGGCGGAUGGUGGCUUCUCUGUGGAAGGGCAGGAGAACAUUCAGGAGAUUCUCAGCAAGCAGCUCCUUCUGUGCCAGUUCCUGGUGGGACUCUCUGUCGUCCGGACAGGGGGACAUUUCAUCUGCAAGACCUUCGACCUAUUCACUCCGUUCAGCGUGGGCCUCAUUUACUUGCUGUAUUGCUGCUUCGAACGAAUUUGCCUAUUCAAGCCCCUGACCAGCCGGCCGGCCAACUCCGAGAGAUACGUGGUUUGCCGGGGGCUGAAAGAGGGCAUUGAUGACGUGCGCAAUUACCUGUUCACUGUAAAUCGCCGACUCAAUCACCUGCGCGACUCGGACCAGGAUGUCAGUUUGGUGGUUCCGAUGGAGGUGCUGAGGGGGGACAGGCAGUUCUAUGACUACAUGGUCCGUUCUAAUGAGAGCCACUGUGAAGUGCAGAUCAAGGCCCUGGCGAAAAUUCACGCUUUUGUUCAAGAUUCGACUCUGAGUGAGCCGCGCCAGGCGGAUAUACGGAAGGAGUGCCUGAAGCUGUGGGGGAUUCCGGACCAGGCGCGAGUGGCACCAACUAACACUGAUCCCAGGACCAAGUUUUUCCAGCUGAUUCAGAGCCAGAACAUUGACGUGUUUAGUUACAAGCCGACGGCUCUGACUGCCAAGACCCUGGAGAAGCUGAUCCACGUGUUUGAUUACCGGUGUAUGGUGUGCGGGAGCGAGCCCAAGUUCCUGCUCGGCAUGGGGCGCUCUCAGAUCUACACCUGGGGGGGCCGAUCCAACGACCGAUGGACUAAACUGGACUUGAAAACGGAGCUGCCCCGGGACACCCUGCUUUCUGUGGAGAUUGUCAAUGAACUGAAGGGAGAGGGGAAGGCGCAGAGGAAGAUCAGUGCUAUCCAUGUACUCGACGUCCUGUUUCUCAAUGGGACUGAUGUACGGACGCACCACUUUACUCAGAGAAUCCAAAUGGCAGAGAAGUUCGUUCGGGCAGUUUCCAAGCCCAGUCGGCCCGACAUGAAUCCAAUCAGGGUGAAGGAAGUGUAUCGGCUGGAAGAGAUAGAAAAGAUCUUUUUACGGUUAGAAAUGAAGCACAUUAAGAGCUCCGGGGGGUUCCUGCGCCUCUCCUACACCGGCAGAGAUGACCGUCACUUCGUGCCAUGUGGCCUCUAUAUUGUCAAAACUAUAAACGAUCCCUGGACCAUGGCCUUCAGCAAAGGGCAGAAACGCAAAUAUUUCUACAACUCCAAGACUCAGACCUCACAGUUUGUGGUCCCAGUGGAGUCCAUUGCGCCAUUUCAUGUUUGCUACUACGAGCGGCUGUUCUGGGAGUGGGGAGAAGGGGUGCAGAUCCACGAGUCCCAGAAGCAGGACCCCGACUCGGGCAAACUCUCCCGAGACACCGUCCUGCAGUUCAUUCAGGAGCAUCAUCCGUGCUACCCCUCCGGCCUGACUGAAGACAGGUAAUAGGGCCCCUGGGGGCCCCGAGAGACAGGCUCAGCGUCAGUUCUGGACUGUGAGAGGUUCUCCUGCCUUCCUGUUACUUACCUGCCCCUGGGACUUACCUGCCCCCGGCACUUACCUCCAUUCUGUGCUGAUCCAGUGACCCCGCGCCGGCUCUAACCUGCUCCUAAAGUCCUUUUGGGCCCCCAGCACCGUCCCCUGUAGGGGCCUGGGGUGCUGUUCCAGUAACAUGAACUGCCCAUUGGCACUGCCCUGGAACCAAUCAGAUUACUGGCCUUUGCAUAUUAUUAUAUGCUAGUGAAUCCUACUUUGGUUUUAUGCCCUUUGCUCCCUCGUUUCCUAUCAAGGACUACAACUCCCAGAAUUCCCGGUUCAUUUAAUGCUCCCAGCACCCAGGACAUUCCUGCAUGACUGGUACCCGCCUCUCCCCCCGAAUACCUGCUAAUUCCCCCGUUCCUGCUCCCUGCUUUGGGCUGAGGUGCUGAUUGGCUGAAAACAAUAUGUAUAUUUUUUUAACUGAACUUGGCCAACUAGCCCUUAUUCUGAUUGGCUGGAGCUUUUUUUGACUGCUGUGAUUGAAAGAAAAGAAACCAACCAAGUUCAGGAGCGGCGCCAGAGCCCAAUCAUUGGCAGGAUGUGGGUCACAUGGUACUGGGGAGCCAUAAAUCAGCCAGACUGGACAUGCAUCACCACGAUGGGGGGGGUCUGGGGUUAAUAUUAUGUUGGUGCGUAACUGACCCCCCCCCCCCGAUCUCAUUGGAUUUGCCCCGUGUGGGUCCCGGCUCAGUGCUGUAAGUUGUGCAGAGUCUGGGCCAGAACUGUCCUUGGUGCCACCCACCGCCUUUGCACCAAUAGAUUUGCACGUCAUCCCCCCCCCCCCCCAGAGCCCCCUCAGUGUCCUUGGACUUUUCUAUUGUGAUUAUGAACUGUGGUGGGAGACACCGAGGGGCAAAUCUGGUUUCUACGUGUUCUGCUCUAGAGCUUUGUUCUGUUCUGCUGAGACCCAAAUAUAAAUAUCAUUUCCGUGUGUC